AUGAAUUGUUCGACAACAACAGAUAUACAAAAUCGUUAUUUUUUAAUCGGAAAUUUCGGUGCUUUAGUUUUUAUGAUAAUAUAUAUUGGAUUCUAUGGAAUGGGUAUGAUUGUUUAUUUUACAUGUCAAUUUAUGAAUGAAUCUCGAGAUAAUCAUGAAAAUGAAAUUCCAGAUGAAUUUUUUUCAACAUUUCAUCAUAUUAAUGAACGACAAGAAAUAUAUAAUCAACUAACUGAUGAAAAUCUAAUUAAAAAACUAUAUAAAAUCUAUUAUUCAAAUGAACCAAAUAAUUCAAAAUUCAUUGAAGAAAAAGUAAAUCAAUGUUCAAAAAAAUAUCAUCUAAAAAUUCAAAAUCUUAAAUCAAGACAUGCAUAUUAUGUUAUAGAAACUUUAACACCACCAACACUUACUACUAUUUCAUAUACAAAUUAA